AUGUGCCGCCUACCGCCCUCGUCGACGGCUGCGCGGGCGUCGGGGCCCGCUCCGCACAAGCGGCAGCGCGUGGCGCUGGAGGAGCACUUCGGCGCGGCGGGCAAGGGGCGCGCCGGCGACGUGACGCGCCUGCUGUCCGAGGAGGACCCGGGGUGCAGCUGCAGCGGGCACCGCCGGAAACGCGCGUGCGCGUGCGGGGGCCACGCGGUCGGCGGUCCGAGCACCUCGGCGCCCGAGGUUCUCCACCACGGCCUCCGAUUGGCCGGAAAGAUGGCCAAGGCCGCGGGCGACGCGCCCUCGCUGAAGCGGCCGUCCGUCAGCCAGGCCCUCCUGCGGCGGGCAAUGGGCCGCGUGCACAGGGAGCGCACGAGGGAGGAUUUCCGCGUGUCGUGCCGCUCCUCGAUGCCUCAGACCUGGCGCGAGAAGGAGCUGGACCUGGAGGUGCUGCAGCGCUUCGACAAGGCCUUCACGGUGAGGUGGGUCGAGCCGGACGUCGCGUACGUGGGCACCAAGUGCAACACACUGAUGCAAAUCACGCCGUCCACCGGCAAGGUGGUCCAGGUGCCGCUGCCGGCGGCGCCGGAGCGCAACGUUAGCCUUCAAGCGCCCGAGGCGAACCCGUUCGGGCACUGCGGGAUCCACUCCAUCGACGCAAGUCCGUGCGGCGGGCUCCUGGCCACGGGCGGCCGCGAGGCCAGCGACUGCGUGGUGUUGCAUAGGGAGACGAUGGAGCCCGUCACGACGCUCGUGGGCCACCUGGACUGGGUCUUUGGCAUCAAGUUCUUGUCGUCGACGCGGCUGGCCACCUGCUCGCGCGACCACACCAUCAAGGUCUGGGACGUGAGCACGGACGGCUCCUACGACACGUACGACCCCGACGCGGCCUCUCGCCCGCCGCUCGUGACGCGCUGGGACCACCAGGGCAAGGUGCGCGCCAUGGCGCUGGCGCAGGGGUCGCGCCGCCUGGCCUCGCUCGGGUGCGACGGCACGGUGCUCAUCUGGGACGCCGCGCGCAUGCAGCCCUCCGCGGGCGUGCAGCUGCCGUACCGCCAGGAGAACGUCUGCGUCGCCGCGCGCGACGGCCUCAUCGCGUGCGGCUCCAGCAGCCACGUCAUCCUCAUGGACCCGCGCGCGCCCCAGUCAACCCUCUUCUCCGUCCCCACCGUCGACGGCUCCGGCGGCGUGCGGUCGCUCGAGUUCAGCGACCCCCUCCUCUCCGUUGGUGCCGGCCGCGGCCAGGUCUGCUUCCUCGACACGCGCAGCAUGAGCUUCCUGCCCGUCAACUCGGCGGAGCACGGCGCCCCGCUCGGGGCCCCCGCCGACGGCCCGGACAGCUGGGGCGUGCACCUCGGCCGCGGGCACGUGGACACCAACGCGGUGUUCCGGCAGUACUUCCGCAACAUGCACGUCUUCCACGCGUGCCACGCGCACGCCUGGGACCCCGCCGGGACGCGCAUGAUCGCCGUCGGAGGGCCGCUCGCGUACGGCCUGCGCGGCUGCUACGUCGGCGUGUGGCAGUGA